GAUAAAUUUGGCUUCAUUUUAUUGCACCAUCAUUAUUCAAGAUCAGAGGUAAUAAAAAAAACAACAAACAAACAAACAACAACAAAAAAACCAACAAAUUUAUGACAUUUUAACAAUUUAAUUUCUGAAUCACAGCUUUUAUAGAUUAGAUAAUUUCAGAGGGUCGAGCCCCUUUUAUUGCAACAACAACAAAAAAACAUUUUGUUAUGAUUGGAAUCUGUUUACACAUUUGUCAUCAGCUGAAACCAUUGUUGUUUAGAUAGUCGAUUUUUUUGGAUCCAAAAAGAAGAAAUUAUUGUGAAAUUGUAAAACUUGAUGAAAGAAGAAAAUGUCUCAAGUAAAAAUUCGUCAUCCAAUACAAUUGAUAAAAUAUUUUGUAUUCAAUACUAAAUGGGGAUCAAAAGAAGGUAAUGAACAUGAAAAACUUAUAUAUUAUUAUCAUAAACCUACGUUAGUAAUUGGUAUUGAUCAAAAAAUAUCUGAUGUUGGACUAGCUGAAGCUGUUAUAAAUUUUGGUCGGCAAUUUGGUGAUAUAACUGAAUCAUUACAAGGUGAUCGUUUACGUUUUAUAUUUCAUGAAUUAGCUGAUGAUUUUUGGUCAUCAAUGUUUAUAUCGGAAUCAUAUUCCGUACAUAAAUCCGGUGAAGAUUCAACACAAAUAGCUGAAUAUCAUGAAAAUGAAAUUUGUGAUAAUUUUUUUAAACUUAAAUUAGAAAAUAUUUAUAAUUAUUUUCGUUUAUUGAAUGGUCCGAUUAAUGAAUUAUGUUCAAAAUUAUCACGUCAAGAAUUUCUGGAUAAAUGUCAAGAUUUUUUUGAUAAUUAUAUUCCAAAUAUUGAAUUAUUACCAUUCAAUUUGAUUGAAUUAUAUUCAUCAAUACAAUAUCUUCCACUUAGUAAUAAUACAUUUAUGGCUGUACAAAGUCUAUUGAAUUGUGUACAGGCUAAUGAUUCACGUAUUGAUUCAUAUAUUUUUAUCUAUAAUGAUCAAUUAGUAUCAAGUUCUUUGUCAUUGUUUGAUACACAAAUCCUGUAUAAUUAUCUGACAAAUAUUAUUAUACCUGAUGCUGUAAAAGAAGAAAUAAGUGGUAUAUCGAAUAAAACACGAUGGUUACAAGUUAAUAUUCCCGUCUAUUUGAUUGGUCAUCCUGAUUGUCAUCAAUCAAAAUUCGGUAAUCUUUGUCUAUUUCGAUCGAUUAAUGGUUCAACUAUUGGUUUAAUAUUAACCGAAUUUGAUGAAAAUAUUUUGAAAGAAUGUGGAACAUUAUUAUCUGGCCGUUUAGUAUCGUUAACAAAUAAACUACAUGAAACUGUUACACAAAUAGCUAAACAACCGGAUUCAAAAUUAUCAAAUGAUAAUUCAGCUAAAGAUAUAAAAUUUAUUUAUGUUAAUUAUAGUAAUUGUGCACAACGUGGUAAUUCAAAUUGUCGUAAAUUAAUUGAUUCAGAUUUCACAAGAUUAAUUAUCGAUGUUGAAUCCGAUCUACAUCAGCAACAACGAUUCAAUGAUGAACAAGUAUUCGAAUUGAUUGGUAAAAAUAUGAAUGAUGCAUGGUUAGUCACUCGUAAUUCAGAUUGUCGUUCAUUAUUUGCUAUGCUUAAUUAUAAAAAUGCAAAUGUUAUUGAAGCAAGCGAUAUGAUUGAUGCAAUGCAAAACAAACAUUUUAAAAAUUUAUUUUUCGGUAUUUGAUUUUGUCACAAAAAAAU